AUGAUAAUAGCAUGUGCUUCUGUACAGAUUUGGGAAAAUGAUGAUCUACCAAAUCAAAUAUGUAAUGAAUGCUUUCUUCAAUUACAAAAUACCAUUAAUUUUAAACAUUUAUGUGAAAAUUCAGACAAUGCUUUUCGUCAAAUUAUUGAACAGAAUAAAAAUAAUUUAUGGAAUAGCCAAAAUGAUUUGGAUAACGUAAAACGUGAACAAUUAGAUAGUCCAAAUUACCCAACAUAUAUCAAAGAAGAGAGUGAUGGUGAAAAUUCUACAAAUGCAACGAAAAAUAUCGGAGAAAUUAUAGAAGUUAAAAACGAAAUUGAAUCCGAAUUAAAUAAAGUUCAUACAAGAAAGAAAUCCAUUCAAUUUAAUUUCAGCGAAGAAAGUGAUGAUGAAAGUCGUGAAAAUUAUAGUUUAUAUGAAGACAGUAAUGAUUCUAGUUAUGAAGAUGAGGAUACAAAACCAGAUUUGGAGGAAUACAACUGUGAAACUUGUUCGAAGUCGUUUAAAAAAGUAGAUGCACUUGGUUUACAUAUGAAAAAAAAACAUGAUGCGGAAGGUGUUAAAUGUGGAAAGUGUUCAAUAAUUUGUUACCAUUCGUUACAUUUACGUGCUCAUGAAAGGUUGCAUAACAAGUGUAGCAUUUGUAAUUUAACGUUUUCAACACGAAAACGAUUAUCGUUACAUAAAUUAACUCAUGAAAAAGAUAACUCACCUGAAAUAAUUUGUGAAUUGUGCCCAGCAAAAUUAACGAGUAAAAACAGUUUAUACAAACAUAUGCGAUUUUUACAUAAAAUCGAAAAAACUAAAAAAACUUUCGAGUGUGCUACAUGCCAAGAAAUACUACAAACAAAACGUGAUUUAGAAAAACAUGUUCGUAAAAUGCAUCCAAAAGUUCGAAUCAAGUAUAAACAACAGGUUACAAAUUGUGAGGUGUGUGGAAAAUCAUUACGACGGCGUAACUUACGCAAACAUAUGUUAACACACGGGGAACGUGAUAAAAUUGCUUGUGAAUAUUGUGCAAAAAUAUUCAUAUCACAAGAAACUCUCACCAAUCAUGUGAAAACAUAUCAUAAGAAUUCGGGACCAGUUUAUAAAUGCUUAUGUAAUCAGUGUGGACAUAAGUUUCGUUCAAAUUACCAUUUAGAUAAGCAUUUAUUAACGCAUACCAAAGCACGACCUUACGCUUGUGAUAAAUGCGAUAAAACUUAUCGUACAAUCUUUCAAUUAAAAGAGCAUGUAUCACGUAUUCAUUUGAAUGAACGUAAUUUUGUUUGUACGUUCUGUUCGCAAGCUUUUUUUGAUAAGAAAAUCUUAUUGAAUCAUGUAAGGCGGCAUACUGGUGAAAAACCAUACAAAUGUCAAAUGUGCGAAAAAGCGUUUAUACAAAAAGUUGCUUUAAAUGUUCAUAUGAAGACACAUACGAACGCUUUUUAAAAUAUAUAAAAGUGGGCAAAAGAAAAUUAACAACAUAAUCCAAAAUGAUGUGCCACCUCUUAUUGGAAGGGUUAAAGGCACAGGCGUGGAUCCAGCUAUCAAAAAAGAGUGUGGUCACAGUCACCCGAAAACUGACCAAGUGCGAGUUGGGAGGUUGAACUCGCUCACGAUCGAUAUAGUAGACU